AUGGGUGAUCCCUCUUUCUCUGACUCGGAUUUCUUCUCUACUGCUGAUCCUCCAGACUCCUACGACUCACUGUUUCGCCACGCCUACUACACAACUGAAAACCCAACACCGUCUGCUACUCUCUGGUCUCUCCGAAAUCUCCGUGAGCUUUCAUCUUCCGCGCCCCAAGUUCACUCGUCUUCUGCAGCACGUCGCAAAUACAAGCCUGUCGACCGGAAGUAUCGUCCCGUCCCAACCUACUAUCCCAACCCCCGCUCUCAACAAUUUAAACCUAUACCCGCACCUGAGCUACAACCGCUCACACACUUUCCCCCCACUCGCGCUAAGUUCCCUUUUUCCAAUCGUAUCACUCCCGAACGUCUUGAACUACUUAUGUCCAAGAUUCCCGAAGGCUUCCUCUCCGAUCAAGAACUCGACCUUGUCGCGCACGUCAUCAGUCAGCACCAGCAGGCCUUUGCGUUCGACUACUCGGAGAAAGGCACCUUUUCCCGAGAGUACUUCCCAGAGUACGAGAUUGCGACCAUCGAGCACACACCUUGGCAGCAAGCACCCAUCCGCGUACCAGCUGCGCUAGAGAAAUCCGUGCGUGCAGAGAUUCUUGAUCAGGAAGCUAACGGCCGCUUCGAGAUGACCACGUCUAGCUACCGCAGCGCGAUCUUCGCCGUCGAAAAGAAGAACAAGGGUGUACGGCUCGUACUCGAUCUGCAACGGCUCAACGGUGUUACCAUCCGCGAUGCCGGCCUUCCACCGCGCAUGGACGACUUCGCCGAGAGCUUUGUCGGCUACGCCAUCUACGCCGUCUUGGAUCUUUAUUCCGGAUUCGACGCUGUUCCACUGGCGGAACGAUCACGGCCCAUGACCGCCUUUCACUCCAUCAUCGGUCCUCGGCAGCAGACCACUCUCCCACAAGGAGCUACGAACGCGCCAACAGCCUUCCAGCAGCGCAUGGACCAUACACUUAUCCGGAUGAGUGCAGUCGACAAAGCUAAGCCAUUCUUCGACGACUGUGGCGUCAAGGGUCCGCAAUCGACCUACGAAAACGCGCCGCUCGAGGAUAACCCCCACAUCCGACGGUUUGUCUUCGAGUUCUGCGAGACAUUAGCUGAGUUCCUGGCCACCCUGGUCCUUGCCGGCGUUACAGCAUCGGGUUUGAAGUCAACGCUGGCUACGCCACUACUCGACAUCGUUGGUACUCUCGUUUCUCUCUCCGGCUGGCAGCUACACCAUGGGAUCGUCAACAAGGUCCUCCGUUGGCCCCAGCCAGAUACGCGCUCGGAGGUUCGCGGCUUUUUGGGCACCACCGGUUGCGGGCGACGUUGGAUUCGCAACUACUCGCUCAUUGCCAAGCCCCUGACACUUCUACUGCGCGGCGCAGAAGCCGACUUCUACUUUGGCGACGAUGCCCGCGCUGCGAUGGACAAGCUCAAACAUCUCGUUACACAUGCUCCGGUGCUGGUACGUGUUGAUUAUGAACUUGCCGCCACUCACAGCCGCCUCUCCCGCUCCUCGGAGCAUGGCCUGAUCAUUGUAGCUGUUGACGCAUCCAUGUACGGUGCCGGUUGGGUGCUAUAUCAAGUACUGAUCAAGUCCGCGACGUCAAGAACCACGGACACGGAACCAGCACCCUCAUCAGCGCCGGAACGCAAGCACGUGGAGCGCCACCCAGCUAUCUUCGGCAGCAGGACGUUCAAUGCUACUGAAUCCCGCUACUCGCAGCCAAAGUGCGAACUAUACGGUGUCUUCCGAGCCGUCAAGGACCUUCGUCACCGGAUCUAUGGUGUAUACUUCGUGCUUGAGGUCGACGCCAAGUCUCUUAUCGAGAUGAUUCGCAGGCCCGAUCUACCGGGUUCCUCGGAAACCCGCUGGCUGACGUCCAUACAGACCUUCGACUUUGAUGUGCGUCACGUUCCAGCUACAGCGCACGAGGCACAAGAUGGCCUCUCCCGUCGCCGGCGAGCCGCAGACGACAGUUCCGACUCUGAGGGUGAUCAGGAUGAGUUUAUUGACCGCGUUAUCGAUGCCUUUUACGCUACAGGUCCGCUCCCUACGGCCGAGGCACAGGAUCCGCCUUUUGGCCGCACCACCGCGCCAAUCGUACCGAACCGUCUCCUCAAGCAUCUUAUAGCCUGUCGCAUCGCCCGUGGACGAGCCGCUCUGAGUCGCUCCCAGAUCAACCUCUCUAUGGACCUCGAUCUCUACCACUAUCGGGAAGUAGAACCGCGUAUGGGUAUCCCGCUGCCGCCACCGCUCGACACCCAGUUCGAAGCAGACGACCUCCGCCAGGGCUCCCUACUUACCCACAGCCUGCUACGUGUGGACUCAACUGCUGGUAUGAUCGAGACGCUGGAGCUGCAGACUGACCCAUUCCGCAUCCGCAAGGCCGCUCUGGAGCUCUCUUGGACGACCACUCAGCCCGAUUCCCACUCGGAUCUGGCCCAACUUCCACACAUUGGCGUCAUUUACGAGUCAAUGCAUUGGCGCGGGGACACGGUGCGCAGUCAUUACGCUGGUUUCUUUGAUUCGGGUUCGGCAUUCGCGCAUCCUUUCUAUGACGAGCACGUUCGCGCUGACGGCGCCGGCGGCUUUGUCCCUCUCUUACCAUGGUCGGUUCUUACAGCGCCGAAGUUUGAGGACAGGGGCUCGGAUACGAUCGGUUUUGUUUCGAGUGUCGGACACAAGUUUGGCACCUUGGACGAGGACUCGCCGGAGAUGUGGGCAGAAGUCCGCGCUUUCUUAAAGGAUGGAGUGCUUCCGUUGCGUCUGAAGGGGGCGUCCGAGCGCGAUGUUCAGCGCUUUGCGCGGAAAGCUAACCGUUUUGUGCUUGCUGACCCGCUAUCCCCCGGCGCGCCUCGCCGCCUUUUCCUAGUCGAACGGAAAAACGGCAACGACUCCCCACCUCUGCUUGUGAUCACUGACCCGGAUCGCCGCGACGAGAUCAUCGCGGAAGCUCACAAUACCUGCGGACAUCAAGGACGCGAUUCAACAUAUCGGCGCAUCGCCGACAGGUAUUACUGGCCCAACAUGUUCAAACAGGUCGACUACUUUGUGCGGUCCUGCCUCGCGUGCCAGCGCUACACCCGCCGGAGGACCCAUAUCCCAUUCAAGCCCGCGCACACCGAGCUCGGGGUACUCCGGACUUUCGGGCUCGACGUUAUACACAUGCCCCGCGGCAUACGUUCGAACGGCACAAUCGCUGAGUACAUCGUUCAUCUUGUGGACCUUGCAUCAGGCUGGGCGGAGGCAUCGGACCUUACCAACGCGAACGCACGCUCGGUCGUAGCUUUCCUGCUGCGCGACGUCGUUUCCCGUUUUGGUUCUGCUAUCCGCAUCGUCACUGACCAGGGUACCGAGUUCGUCAAUGACCUGGUGGCCGAGUUCACUCAGCAAUCAGGCCUCACCGUUGUAUUCUCUUCUGCUUACCAUCCAGAGGGGAACGCUGUAGUCGAGCGCUCGCACCAAUCGCUCCAGUGGGGGUGCAUCAAGGCCGCCGCCGAGCAUCCGCAAUACUGGCCCCGCUAUCUCUCCGCCACACUUUGGGCUGUGCGAACGACGACGUCACGUACGACGGGCCUCAGUCCCUACUACAUGGUAUACGGGAUGGAGCCCGCCUUCCCGUACGACAUGGCUGACGGCACCUGGCACUGGAUCGACUGGUUCGCCGUCAUCGACACCACCACCCUCAUCGCGGCCCGAGCACAACAAUUCCAUUUGCGGACGGGUAAGGUCGAUGACGCACUUGAACGGCUGACCGCAGCACGUCGGCGCGCCAUUGAGGACAUGAAUAGCCGCCGUGGCACUCUCCUCGACUUCCGCGAGUUUACCGCCGGAGUAUGGGUCAUGUUGGAACAUACUGCGUUGAGAAAUCGCCACGGCGCAAAGGAUGUCCCCAUCUGGGCAGGACCGUACAUCAUUCACCGGGUCGUCACGCCAGACACGUUCCUCUUGCGCGAGCUUGAUGGCACAGUCAUGCGAGGCGCUGUAAGUGUUCACCGUCUGCGCAUGUUCUUCUACCGCUCGCGACACCAGAGUAUCCGCGGUGUCCUCCCUGACGCACAGACCUCCACGACCGCCACGGUCACUUCUGAACCGUUCACGGAGCAUGUCGUCAUCUGCGCCGCAUCCGUCCUUCCGGACAACGCCGACCUUGUCUACUAUGAUACGGAGUGGCCGCACGGCAUCCCUCGCCGGACACCCCAGCCCUGCUUUCCACUUGCCCGCCAGGACUUCACCGUCGCGGAGGAUACGUACCGUACACGUGCGGUCAACAUCUCUUUGCAUGUCUUCAUGCAGCGUCAAGGCCGCAUCGUCUUCCGCGAGGCAUACGAAUGGGCGAACAUCGGAGCUGCGCGCCUCUCGGGCAUUUCAUACGGCAACAUGCCGAGGGAGUAUUUGUUCGCAGCCGCCGACCUAGCUUCUACCGGGUACAAGUGCAUCGACGGCCAUCUACUACCCCCGGACAACGUCUACGAACACGCCCUCGCCACAGGACAGCGCGCACUUCCGGACCUGGCCAACCGUGCGAUGUUCCCCGACCCUGUAUGGGGCGGCUCGCCGCCUGAAUGGGCGACCUAUCGUGGAGCGGCUUCAAUCAUCGGUCUGCUCACGCCACCCUCUGCAAUGCCCGACGACUUCGUGGUCACGUUCAGCCGCCUGUGA